AUGAAGGUCGCAGAUCACCCGCUACCUAAUGAAUUGUCAGCGACAGAAACCGAUAUGAGUGACGGUCGAACAGCUCAGCUUCAGCUUGAAACUCAUGAUGAAGUUCAGCCCAGAAUUCCAAGUCCAAAUCAAACGAAUAAUGAGGAACCAUUUACCACAUCUGGCUUCACUGACGGCACCUCAGCACUGAAAGGCAUUCCACAAGCAACUUCAUCUUCGCUUUAUCCUAGUCUAGAAGAUACAAAACUUCCUUCUCCACAAGAAAUUACCGCACCAACCAUCAUUGCAUCCGCACCAUUGUUAGACUCAACCAGCCAGGAGUUGGUGCCAUUUGAAUACAGUCUCCCGGCUCCAUUGACGAUGGAAUGUUUGAAAAAUUUAUAUGUAAUCCAAAUGUUGGAUGACAUUGAAUCCGUUGAACUUGAAUUUUUGAAGGAUGUUCAAUACGAAAACCAUGGUGUAUCGGUAGCCCGUGAGAAUAAAGAUUUCUUUCAGAUGCUUAUCAAUAAUUACGUUCAUUGCUGGGGCCAGUGGAAGCAUGCGAUGGAAAGAUUCCAAAUGAUUCGUCAGGAUGUUAUUCAAUUAAAAAAUACGGCAUGGAAAGUGACCCGAAAGACCUCCAAGGUUACGGGUAAAUGUCAAGAUGGUGUUUCUGUGACCCACGAGUAUGCGUAUGACGAGUCCGUUCUUGACGAAUCGGUAUCAAAUGUGAUAACGGAGACGCAGGAUAUUAUGCGGUGGAUUGUGUUCGAGGAGUUGCCGGAAGUUGCUUACGAUCUCUGUCGUAUGAGGUAUGUAUCUGUAAGAAGGUUGGUUACCGCCCUCCCAUAUGGUUGA